GCAGCCGGCGCGCCGCUGCCCGGCCACCCCAGCACCUUCUCCCCCGGCCCGGCGCUCCCGCCUCAGUUCACGCUGCCUUCGGGCCGGCGAGUCCGGUCGCGCUCAGCGCCCGCAGCGCGCCAGACCGACGCCCGAAAGACCCUCUGCCUAGACCGCGGCUCCCGGAGGGUCCAUUGCCCACCCGCCCCGGACCGCCUGAGCACGGGGGCGCCUUCAUGCGGCCCCCACACCUCUCGCCCGCCGCCGCCGCCCCCGAGCCCCGCGCGCCGCGCCCCGGCCCCAGCAGGGCACGCAACUUUGGAAGUCGCGCGGCGCUCCCAGAGACGGCAGGGUCCGCGCCCGGGCCCCAGCCCUGGCCCCGCCGGCCCCGCCGCGUCUGGGGGAAGCAGGAGAGCCGGUAAUCGCUUCGGGGAUGUAAGGGGACAGACGCAGGACCCAACGCCCGCAUCAGCACCCCUCGGCUGCCUCCCGGCGUGGGGGCGGGCCCCGCACACGUUACCAGGCCAGCGGUGAUUUUUGUUCUCUCUCCGGGAAGAAUAAAUCUCUUUACCCAUCGGCUCGACCUACUCUCCCCCGCCGCCUAGAAAUAAAAGUUGGCUGCUUUUAGGAGCUGGGAGCCAGAAAGGCGCCCAGCCCGGGCGCCCGAAGCGCGGACAGGGCGCCGUUCGCUGGAGCAGGGCCCCAUGGGCCGCUAGCGGCUCCCCAGCUCCAGCUGGACGUCCCCGCGGUCCCCACCCCAUGUGAGGCGCCGCGGGGCGAGCGGGCCGCGGGAGGAAGAGGAGGACCCACGGGCUCCGGAGCCGGAAGGCUGCUGGCACCAGGCCCAGGCGAGCAGCGGGCACCCGCGUUCAUGUUCCGCCAGGAGCAGCCGCUGGCCGAGGGCAGCUUCGGGCCCAUGGGCUCCCUGCAGCCGGACGCCGGCAACGCGAGCUGGAACGGGACCGAGGCGCCGGGGGGCGGCGCCUGGGCCGUCCCCUACUCCCUGCAGGUGACGUUGACGCUCGUGUGCCUGGCCGGGCUGCUCAUGCUGCUCACCGUGUUCGGCAACGUGCUGGUCAUCAUCGCCGUGUUCACCAGCCGCGCGCUCAAGGCGCCCCAGAACCUCUUCCUGGUGUCGCUGGCCUCGGCCGACAUCCUGGUGGCCACGCUCGUCAUCCCUUUCUCGCUGGCCAACGAGGUCAUGGGCUACUGGUACUUCGGCAAGGUGUGGUGCGAGAUCUACCUGGCGCUCGACGUGCUCUUCUGCACCUCGUCCAUCGUGCACCUGUGCGCCAUCAGCCUGGACCGCUACUGGUCCAUCACGCAGGCCAUCGAGUACAACCUGAAGCGCACGCCGCGCCGCAUCAAGGCCAUCAUCGUCACCGUGUGGGUCAUCUCGGCCGUCAUCUCCUUCCCGCCGCUCAUCUCCAUCGAGAAGAAGGGCGGCGGCGGCCAGCAGCAGGACGAGCCGCGCUGCGAGAUCAACGACCAGAAGUGGUACGUCAUCUCGUCGUGCAUCGGCUCCUUCUUCGCGCCCUGCCUCAUCAUGAUCCUGGUCUACGUGCGCAUCUACCAGAUCGCCAAGCGCCGCACCCGCGUGCCGCCCAGCCGCCGGGGCCCGGACGGCGCGCCGCCGGGGGGCGCCGAGCGCAGGCCCAACGGCCUGGGCCCCGAGCGCGGCCUGGGCUCCGGGGGCGCGGAGGCCGAGCCGCUGCCCGCCCAGCUCAACGGGGCCCCCGGGGAGCCCACGCCGGCCGGGCGGCGCGACACCGACGUGCUGGACCUGGAGGAGAGCUCGUCGUCCGAGCACGGGGAGAGGCCCCCGGGGUCCCGCCGGUCCGAGCGCGGCAGCCGCGCCAAGGGCCAGGCCCGGGAGAGCCCGGCGAAGCCCGGGGACAGCCUGCCGCGGCGCGGGCAGGGCGCGGGGCCCGGGGCGCUGGGGACCGGCGCCGAGGAGGAGCGCGGCGGGGGCGCCAAGGCGUCGCGCUGGCGCGGGCGGCAGAACCGCGAGAAGCGCUUCACGUUCGUGCUGGCCGUGGUCAUCGGCGUGUUCGUGGUGUGCUGGUUCCCCUUCUUCUUCACCUACACGCUCACGGCCGUCGGCUGCUCCGUGCCGCGCACGCUCUUCAAAUUCUUCUUCUGGUUCGGCUACUGCAACAGCUCGCUGAACCCGGUCAUCUACACCAUCUUCAACCACGACUUCCGCCGCGCCUUCAAGAAGAUCCUCUGCCGCGGGGACAGGAAGCGGAUCGUGUGAGCGCGGAGACCGCCCCCGACCCCCCGCCAAGGACGCGCGCGGACCCCGGGCGGCGGAUCCGAGGGCGCGUCUACCCGGUCCCGGCGCGCUGACCACCCGGCCUGCCGGCUGCGCGCGCCCUAGCCUGGGGGUUGCUCUGCGGCCUCCUUGGAACAUCUGCCUCUUCCCUACCCGGGAAGAAUACUGGCUGGGAGGGCCACCCGCCUCCCCCGCCCCGCCCCACCCCACCCCACCUUCCCCCAUUAUGGUUAGGGCCGCUCCGGACUCGGAGCGAUCUUCCAGGGUCCCUGGGCCGCCCCCCCAUCAGUAUUGUUUCCUGAAGGUAUUUUCACCUCCCCCGAGUCCAGACACAGCAGUGCAGAGCAAUCGCUGAAGCCCAGAGGAUGUGGCUCUCCAAGGGUUAACGACAGGGGUUACCUGGCCCUGGCACCUUGCUCUCCCCUCCCCCCAUCUCUAUUUUUAAACACAACUCAGGGCAGCCCAGCCCGCCCUCCCAUCCUCCCCUGUAAAUAGACACUAUUUUUGAUAGUACCUGCGGGGCGGGGGCGGGGGUCCCUAAUGUCGCUUGGCUGUUGUUGUCGUCGGAAUCCUGGCUGUGGGAGAUGCCCUAGAGGCAGACACGUUGUGUCUGGGGCCGGGCAAGUCCCUGGGCAAUGCAAGCCCUUUUCUAGUGCCAUGACUUCCCUCCUUGUGUCCUUUUUCACCAGCAACUGGUGACUGUCCCUUGGGGCCUGGCCCUGCUUUGAGAUGCCCUGAGGGGGAAAAGAUUUGUCCAUUUUCUUUCCUGUGCCUCACAGCAUAAUUGCCUUUUCCUAUGUAAAUAUUGCAAUGACGGACCAAGACAGAAGCAAUGAACCUUUCUGGCUUGCAUCAGCCCCGUGUAUAAAGCCAUUACCCCCCAUGCACCUUUUAACUCACUUUAAAACCUCUUUCGGGUGUCCCCUCCCUCCUUUUUCUCCGGGGCCACUGCUUGAAGAAUAUGUAUGUUUCUGUUUUGUGUGUACGUGCGCCUCUCUGUCUCCCAGAGUGCUGACUGUGGGGAAAUCGUUGAGCUGCUGUUUUUAGACACAGAGAAGUGUAAAUUAUGUGGAAGAGGCAAACCUGAUACAAUUUGCCCAAGGUAAACAGUUUGAAAAGACAAAUGGGCCUGCCAAACUGUACAGAUCCUGCCCCAAGAGCUCUUAGGUAUCAAAGUGUUGUCCUUCCCCCCCCACCUCUGUUUUUCUGGUUGAGAUCGCGUCACUGAUGAAUUCCCAAAGUCAACGGAGGAGGGCGGAGACCUCGUGUUUACAGGAGUUUCUACACGUUUCAGACAGAGACUCUUUAAGGCUUGCACUCUCAUUUUACUAAAGAAAAAUUAAUGUCAGCAACAUGUUGCUAAUGACAGUGGAUUUUUUAAAUAAAAAGUUUACAGAUCAAAUGUGAAAUAAACAUGAAUUAAAUGCU